AUGGACCUACCUAAAUAUGAAUCUAUAAAAUCUGAUUCUGAAAAUGAUGAUUCUGACGCGAGUUCUACUAGUUCCUCAACAUUUUUAUCAAGAGAAUCUACUGUAAAGGUAGACAUUGAAGAUUACGAAUCUGAUGAAAAUAGUAAAGAUUCAAAGUCAAAUACUGCUGAUUUUGAAUCCCAUAUUUUUAUUCCUAUUAUAAAUGGUAACAUUUUUAAUAUUUCUAAUGAUCCAGAAUCUUUUUAUCUUGGUCUCAAAGAAAAGCAACAACUUUUCAUAUCUGGUAUAUUUGAUCUACAAAUAUUAAAAGGUGGUAUAGUCUAUAACAAUAUUCAUUACAAUGCAUCAAAUAAGCAGACAUUAAACAUAUGGCAUCCUUUAUCAUGCUCUGUACCUGCCAUAAUUUCAUCUUUUUAUGCAGGUUGGAAUGAACCCGAGUUUCAUAAGAAAUCAUUAAAUAACAUACCCUUAUUAAACACUGAUAGUUUUAUUUGUAUUAUUAAAAUAACGAAUAAUAAAAAAUUUAACGGUAUAACUGACGUCAAUAAACUGAAUUCAGAUUUGAAUUUCCUUUGGAAACCUAAAACACAAUCGAUAUAUAAUACUAAUAGCUGCAGCACCAGUGAAUUUUUAAAAUUGAGUAAGACCUUCACAAUACUAAAUAUUAACCAAGAUAUAUUUACACCAUUAACUAUUUCUUCACAAUGGAGAAAUGUUUUAGAAAGAUUAUACUUCGAACAUAUUAAUUCUCAUCUAGAUACAAGGAUAAUGAUUAUUGGGGGUAAAAAUUCUGGAAAAUCAACAUUUUUGAGACUAUUAACUGAAAAAAUCCUAAACACAGAAUCCAAUAAAGGACCAGACUUUAUAGAUAAUGAUAGAUUAGUUUGGUAUAUGGAUUUAGAUCCAGGUCAACCGGAGUAUUCAAACCCAGAAUGCGUCUCUUUAGGUCAAAUCAAGAAACAUAAAAACAUUACAACAUUAGGAACCACUUUUGGGCAAUGUGGAUAUACACCUUUGAGGCAACAUUUUGUUGGAGUAAACUCUCCUCAAGAGAAUCCUGAGCUAUAUCUUUCAUUAAUAGAUAACCUUUUUAAUUUUUUUGAAGAACAAUAUUUUACAGGGACUUCUUUAUUGAAUUUGCCAGGAUGGAUCAAAGGGUUUGGUAUACACAUUAUUAAUCAUGUCAUUAAAAAAUAUAAACCUACACAUCUUUUGAUACUAGAACAUACCAGUAAAUCCAACUUUGAAGAAAUUUUUAUCCCAGAAAGUUUUAAUAGUAAUUUGAGAGAGAAUUACUUUUCAACUAUUAUAAGAUUAUUACCUCACCAAAGUGUAUCAACGAAUUCUGAUUCUUAUAACCAACUGAAAUUUCAAUCAUCUCAACUAAGAAUAUUUAGAAUGCUCUUGUUGUUCCAUAAACAAUUCCAAAAAGAUUCUGAGUUUUUUGACUUCGAUUUUAAACCAUUACUUUCACAUGCACCUUUGCAGAUCUCAAUAGAUAAAGACAGUUGUAUAAGUGGAAUAUAUUUUAUGGAAGAAUUCCAACAGUUACAUAAGGAUGAUAUUAAGAAUUGUCUUGAGACUUGUAUUGUUGGUAUACAUAAAUAUAUCAACAACGAUGAUAUGGACACAAAAUUAAGUAAUAUCACGGAAUUACGCGGAAUAUAUCCCAUAAUAAAAGGUAAGAGAAAUUCGAAGAAUUUUCAAUAUGUUACAUUAGGUUUGAUUCAUUCUAUCGAUGAAGAACAAAAAGUUAUUAAUAUGUAUAUUCCAGAGAUUUUCUUAGAUACUCUUAAAAACGACACAGAUGAUUCUCAAUGGAUUAUUGCUCGGGGGAAGACAGAAACACCCAUAUGUGAACUAUACCCAUCAAAGAAAUAUAUGACUGAAUGUUUUAGUGCCGAUACACGAACUAUACCGUAUAUAUCAACUGAAAGGGCAAAGAAGCAUGAGCACGUAUGGAAAAUUAGAAAGAAUAUUCAUAGAAGAGGUCAUUACAUGAAAUAA